AUGUUGAACCUGUACCCACCAGCGACUCACAGCGCCUGGAAUGGCCAGCCGCCCUCGUAUCCGCCCGGCACGGACUCGAUCGUGAACGAGAUCUUUGAAGCCACCAAGGGCACCGGCACCCGCGAGAAGGAGCUCACCAAGGCGCUAGGCGGCAAGACAAGCACGCAGCGCAGUUUCAUUGCCAAGCGCUACAAAGAGCUGCACAACCAGAGCUUGCGUGACCUCGUGGACUCCGAGACGUCAGGCCACUACGGCUUCCUGCUCAAGCUGCUGGCGUCGCCGCUCCCUGACGCUGAAGCCGAUAUCUUGCGCACCGCGACCAAGGGCUUGGGCACGAAAGAGGAGCUCAUUUACCCCGUGGUCGUUGGCCGCACCAACACGGAGAUCAACAUCCUCAAGAAAGCCUACUACGAGACCUACGGUGAAGACCUCGGCUCGGUGCUGGACAGCGACCUCCGUGGGGACUUCCAGAAAGUGAUUCUGGCGUCGAUCCAAGCUGCUCUCGUGCCGUUCGAUGCCAGUAUUCACAAUGCGUCCAAAGUGGACGCUGACGUGGAGAAACUGUACCAAACGGGUCGUGGCAAAAUGGGCACAGACGAAGAGGGAUUCGUGAGCGUGCUCGUGGCUUCUCCGCCCGAGCACCUGCGCGCGGUGGCUGCUGCUUAUGAAAAGAAGCACGAGGAGCCGCUGGCGAAGGCUGCAGCGCACGAGUUCCGUGGAGACGCUGAGAAGGCCGUGCUGUUCCUCAUCCGCAUGAUCACUGAGCCACUGGAUUUGCUGGCUGAUCUCUUCGAGGACGCUAUGAAGUGCUUCGGCACGGACGAAAACGCUUUGAGCUGUGCGGUCGUCCGUUACCACAUCGUGCUGCGCGACAUCAAGCCCGUGUACAAGAAGAAAUACGGCAAGGAACUGCGUGAGCGCAUUGCCGAAGAAGUGAGCGGCGACUUCGGCGAGCUCUUGCUGUCCGUGUUCGAUGCCCGCGACUAA